AUGCCAAAGACCGGCUGGUUCGACGAUGAGGACAAGGCGCCUGCACUCAUUGACCCGUCGAUGUAUGCGCUGGCUCCGUACACCAGGGUCGGGCCGCAAACUGCGCGCCGCGGCCGUCCACUGAUGAUGGGCCGGGCGCAGACAUUCCUCGACGAGCUGCGCCGUCCCUCGAGAGCGGGCUGGGAUCCAGCCGCUAGGGGCUUCAAGGCGCCGUAUGCGGUCAACGCCAAGCACGAGCACAAACCCACCGAGCACAGCGGCCGAGAGCUGGCCCAGUGGAUCCCGACCGAGGUCCGCUCGGAUCCCCGGGGAAGCACGGCCACCUUUCUCUCGUACAUCAACAACCUGUCUCCAUUCGAACCUGCCGGUCGCCGCCUCUACGCCCACAUCGGCAAGGCUUUUGCAGCGAUGCUCCCCAUGUUCGAAGUCGUGCUGGCUUCCUACCCUGCCAAGGCUGACCCAGCCUUCUACAGCGGCGCCGCAGUCACCAGCGUCUCAGACACGUCUGGACAACAGGCCUCAGCCCGUCGUGGACCCUUGUUCCCUUCGAGUAGGCCCACUCCUGCGAGGGCGCCGCGAGAGCCUUUUUCGAGCCAUCUCACAUCGGCGGGGUUUCCAGUCGGUGCGUUUGUGCCGCCGGCCUUGCCGACCGUCAAUCUGCACGGGCAGUCCCUCCAGGUCGUCGUUCGGCUGUCAAAACAGCAACUCACUCCUGAUGUUCCGUCGAGGAAGGGCGGGGGCUGGCACUACUCGGGCACGCCGGCAGAGAACAUCUGCGCCACGGGCAUCUACUACCUCGACUGCGAAAAUAUCGAGCCGCCUUCGACCAAGUUCAUCACGGCGGUGGGCCGCGAGGCGCUCUCCGGCGGCAGCGUUCAACACCUGGACGAUGGCCAGCAGGAGUACGUUUUUGGCCUCUCCGCCGAGCGUCUGAAACGCCGCCGCGUCCAUAGCCAGGCUCUGGGCUCGACGAGGCCGAUGGCGGGAUCCUGCUUCGUGUACCCGAACCACCUGCAGGCCAAGACGGCCAACCUGAACCUCGUCGACCGCACCCGGCCUGGCCACGUCACAAUGCUCGAGAUUUUCCUCGUCGAUCCGGACCACUUCACGCUGCCGAGCUGGAAGGUGCUGCCGCAACAGGUUGACUGGCUCCGCGACGCCACGCUCCAGCUGUGUUCGCGCGACCCAGCCUGCCGUCUGAGCAGGCUUCCCUUGGAGAUCCUUGAACGAAUCUUCGACGAAUUCGAGCGGAGCACGGCCCGCGACAGAACCUUGCCAGAGGGCUGCUCGUUGCGCUUGACCGACCCGCAAACUGCCGAGGUGCGCAGGCAGGAACACCUAGGCAGUCUGCUGGCCGUUCAUUCCCUCGAGAUGGUCACGGACGAUGAGUGGGAGGACGAGUACGGAGAAGCCAGCGACUACGACGACAACGACGAUGGCAGUCACCCGUCACCAUUCCUUCCGGACGGAAGCUACAGCCAGGCCUUUAUUGACUUCGCUCACAGCCAUGGCAUCGCUCCUUGGGAGAUCCAUGAGCACGACUGGCUCUUCGAUUCCUACUGA